AUGAGUCCCAGCAUCACUACUGAGGCCAACCAGCCUCUCCCUGCCAGGUCCACCGUGGCCCAGAGAAAACAAGCCAACGAGCUAAGAAAGACGCUGAAACCUUUGCUGGAGAAGAGAAGACGUGCUCGUAUUAAUGACAGUCUCAGUCAUUUGAAGAGCCUGAUUCUGCCUCUGGUUGGCAAAGACAACGCACGCUACUCCAAGCUGGAGAAAGCUGAUAUUCUGGAAAUGACCGUCCGGUUCCUCAGAGACCUUCCCACCAGCCCAGUCAAAAACUCUGCAGACAGUUACAGGGAAGGCUACAAAGCCUGCCUCCAGCGCGUCUCCGCUCUGCUUCCCAAAACAAGCCUGGACCAAGACGCGUGCCAGCGGGUGAAUGACUUCGUUCAGCGGUCCAUGACCGCGACAGUCACCCCAACUUGUCUGAACUGCUGCGCCCAGAGCACCAAAACCUUCCCUCAGCUCCAGCAAAGACUCCAGAGCCUCAGAUCCAGCUUCAGCUCAAGACUGGAGAGCGAGUCCCGCAGCAGCAGCAGCUCAGUGGCUCUCAGCAGAGCGCAGCCAGGCCCACAGGCUGUCAGCGCUACUAUGUGGAGACCUUGGUAG